UUUAUCGAGUGUGUGAAUUUCCAUUUGAUUUAAUCAUUCAAGGAGUUUGAGAAAGGUUAUGGAAACAGAACUAGAAUCUGGAAAGAAACUCCUCAGCAGAGAUAUCCAACAAAACAUAAAGACAUUCAAGAGAAGAUGGUUCAUUCUUUUCAUUUAUAUAAAUUAUUCGGCCUUGAGUUCUAUGCAGUGGAUUUGUUACUCCAGUAUAACAAAUCUCGUCAUGGAAUAUUACAAUGUUAGCAGUAUAGAGGUUGAUUUAAUAUCGAUUCUGUAUAUGGCCGUUUAUCCCGUAUUUGUGAUACCAGCUUCUUACAUCAUAGACAAACAGGGCAUGCGGACGGCUGGAAUACUAGGAUGUGUAGGGACCUUUUUGGGAACUGCCAUAAAGAUUUUUUCCUUGCAAACGGAUAGAUUUUACGUAGUUUUCUGUGGUCAAACCAUUCUUGCAGUCUCACAGGUUCUGAUCGCCUGCUUGCCUCCCAAAUUGGCAGCUCUUUGGUUUGAUGCCAGUGAGGUCUCCAUAGCAUGCUCGCUAGGAGUCUUUGGGUCUCAACUAGGUGUGGCUCUCGGAUAUAUUAUACCUCCACUCAUAGUUAAUAACCAUAAUAGCAUAGAAGAUAUUGAAGCUGGACUACACAACAUGUGCUGGUUACUGACUUUAUCGAUGGCUUCCAUAACGAUUGCUGUUGUACUCUAUUUUCCUAAUCGACCGCCUCUUCCGCCUAGUGUAGCUCAAGCAGAAUUAUGGCAAUCUGAAGAAAAGUUCAGUUCCAAAACUUUCUUCUCUUCUUUGAAAGUUAUUUUUGUCAACAGGAGCUUCAUCAUUCUCAUGGUGGGGUAUGGUGUCAAUAUCGGCGUUUAUUCAGGGGUGUCCACUAUAUUGAAUCAGUUUGUUCUUAAUUAUUUUGAGGAUGCACAUGAAGAUGUAGGAAUGAUUGGGUUUGUAAUGGUGGCUACAGGGCUGGUAGGAGCCAUUUUGUUUGGUAUAUUGUUGGAUAAAACUCAUAAAUACAUGACAAUAACUAUGGUGAUAUAUAUUUCCUCAGUUCUCAGUAUGGUUGCUUUUACCUAUGCACUGGAAUGUCGUUCAAAAUUGAUGACAUAUCUGUCAUGCUCGUUGGUAGGACUAUUUACCACAGCAUACAUGCCUGUUGGGUUCGAAUUCGCUAUGGAACUAACAUUUCCUUCCGAAGAAAGCACCACCACAGGCCUAUUGAUGGCUAUGACUCAAAUAUUUGGAGUGAUAUGUACCUUGAUGCUGGGUUUCUUGAAUUCAAAACUGGGCUGUUUCUGGGCCCUGGCAAGUCAAAUAGUUCUUCUAACCAUUGGAGCUUUGAUCACGGGCUUUGUACCGAAUGACGUUCUUCUGAGACAAGAAGCUCUACGACAAAUAACUGAAGGAAUGGAUCGCAAGCCUUCGCAUCAUCAUUCUAGGCUAGUGUUUAUUCAGUAAUUCGUUUAUAAGAUUCUUUUGAUUUUUUGUGACCAGACUUUUAUGAUUCUUGUGGAGUUGAAGUUUCGAAACUGGUUCGCAAUGAAUAGAUUACUACCAGUUUUCAUGCUGAUAAUUUGGAUAUUUGAGAUAUUAUAACAAUUAUAUGACAAUUAUAAACGAUCAUCGGAGAAAAGGACUCGUACAAAGAGACCGCUAAAUUUUCGGGGGUCCUUUGAUACCUCUUGACAACUCAUAGUUCUAUGAUUCUGAUGUAAAGAAAGACUUCUACCAUCAUGCAGUCAGUUGAAGGUGGUGCAAAACAAAAAAUUAAAACAAUAACCGAAGCGGGGGAAUUUUCCAAAAAUACUGGAAUGGCUUUAUUUGAAUAUUAAUUUCGACUGGGAUCUUUCCUAACAAGAUGUCGUGCAAAUAGUUGGCUGAGGAAAUAGAAGUUUCAAUUUUUGUGAAAUGUGCAAAGUUCAAAUAUUCCGUACGGCUUUUAUGGAA